UCUCCCAUCCUCCUCCUCCCCUGCAUUCCCCGUCCCUCCCGCCAAAAGGGGGCGCUGCGCUCCCAGCUCGCCUUCCUCUCUAUGCUCCUCUCUCGUCUCCUUCCGCUUCCGGGUCGCUCCUUCUCUUCGGCUCACCAGCGGCAAGAUGGUGAACGUCCCGAAAACCCGCCGCACCUACUGCAAGAAGUGCGGCAAGCACCAGCCCCAUAAAGUCACCCAGUACAAGAAGGGCAAGGACUCUCUCCAUGCCCAAGGGAAAAGGCGCUACACAAGGAAGCAGAGUGGCUAUGGUGGCCAGACGAAGCCUAUCUUCCGUAAGAAGGCCAAGACCACAAAGAAGAUUGUGCUGAGGCUGGAGUGUGUGGAGCCCAACUGCAGGUCUAAGAGGAUGCUGGCAAUUAAGAGAUGCAAGCACUUUGAACUGGGAGGAGACAAGAAGAGAAAGGGCCAGGUGAUACAGUUCUAAGCUGCAUCCUACUCAUUUUUGGACCAUAUUAAAGUAUUUGGAAGUGA